AUGGCUUCGCAGGCCUCCCAGGCGGAGCGUAGUUGCAGUGCUUCGUAUCGAAACAGCAGCCAAGGGAGGCGACGGAGAACAACUUGUUACUAUAGGGAGAGGCCAGUGCUUGUGACUUCAUCAACGGCAGAGAAUCCCGAAAGGAGGUUUUGGGGCUGUGUUAACUAUGGGAUUGGAGAAGAGUGUGGGUACUUUGUAUGGGCAGAGUCAGAAAAGGAGCAAGAAGUUGCUCGAUUGAAAAGGAAAAUCACAUGCUUGAAGGGUAAAGUGACAACACUUGAGAGGAUGUUGACAAUGGCAGUAGCAGUUGCAGAACAUAGGUGCUUGUGUAGGCUUGUUGGCAAUAUGUUGUCUGUAUUUUGGAGUGUUGCUGUAGGAAUUGGGUUGGAUCAAAUGUAA